AUACACAAAAGACAAUAAACAGAAACAGCACAGUGUAAAUACUGUAUGUUCAACAAUAUUGCGUGUGCAGAAAUACUGAAAUGAACACAUUAGUAUUAUAGGAGCAGUUACAUGAGAUUUGAUGCAUGUGCAAGGAGCAGAAACUGUGUAAAACAGCAUGUAAACAGUUUGAUGGAUGUAUAUUGGUAGAGUGUGUAUAUGGUGUGGGUCUGUGCAGUCCAUACAGUCGAUGUGCGUGUGUGUGUGUGUGUGUGCAUCCCUUCCAGCAUGAUAACGCACCAUGUCACAAAGCAAAAGUCAUCUCAUACUGGUUUCACAAACAUGACAAUGAGUUCAGUGAUCUCAGCAGUCAAGGGAUCUACAUCUAUUGGGAUGUAGUAGAUCAGGAGAUUCACACCAUGAAGGUACACCUGAGAAAAAUCUGCAGGAAUUGCAGGACACAAUCAUGUCAACAUGGACAAGAAUCUCAAAAGAUCUGAUGAAAUAUUGAAAAAGUAUUCAGGCUGUUUUGACAGCAAAUGGAGUUUCUAGUGAGUAUCAGUGUAGUUCAUACUAAAUCAAUAUAACAUAAUAAAUCAAUGUAUUGUGCUUAUUUCUAAUGCUCAACUUAUCAAGACAAAGCUGAAGUGCCGAAAUGAAUGAAUCAGAAUCAAACUCAAAGAUUCGAAUCAUCAAAACGGUUCGUUUGGCAUCCUCAGAUCCGCGCUCGCGCCACAGAGACACAAGCGCCAGGUGACAUGGCGGUGAUUACAGCUCUGUAGCAGUUGGUACAGCACUUUCCUCACAGUACAAAUCUACAAUGGACGGUUCGGUGAACUCUAGUAACGAGUCUUGUUUAGCUCCGAGUGUUUGUGAGGAAGAUGCGCUCGAGCCCGCGGUUCCUCACCUGGUGGACGCCUGGCUCGUGCCGCUGGUCUUCAUCAUCAUCAUGCUGCUGGGACUGUUGGGUAACGCACUGGUUCUGCACGUGAUCUGUAAACACAGGAAAAUGUGGACAGCGACAAACAUAUAUAUAGCUAACCUGGCGAUGACGGAUAUCACCUUUCUGGUUUGCUGCGUGCCUUUUACUGCUGUGCUUUAUCCAUUACCAAGCUGGAUCUUUGGAAAUUUCAUGUGUAAAUUUGUCAGCUACAUUCAACAGGUAUCUGCACAGGCCACAUGUGUAACACUGACAGUGAUGAGUGUGGAUCGUUGGUAUGUCACUGUGUAUCCGCUGCGCUCACUGCAGUGUCGCACGCCGAGAGUUGCCACUGUGGUGAACCUGGGAAUCUGGAUAGGAUCUUUCUUGGUGUCCCUGCCAGUGCCACUGUACACUAGGACGUUAGCUGGGGAAUGGUUUGGUCCUCAGGUAUUCUGCACUGAGAUUUUCCCCACAACAACUCACAAGAAAGCUUUCAUCCUGUACAACUUCCUGGCGGUGUAUCUGCUCCCACUGGUGACCAUCUGUGUGUGUUAUCUGGUCAUGUUGUACCAGAUGGGCCGGCCAGCUGUGGAGCCUGUUGACAAUAAUUAUCAGCUCCAGAUUCAGACGGAGCGCAGCGCGGCUGUAAGAGCAAAAGUAUCCCGUAUGGUGCUGGUGAUUGUACAGCUGUUUAUUGUGUGCUGGGGUCCCAUCCAGCUGUUCAUCCUGGCACAGGCAUUUAGCCCACACUUCCGUCAGGACUACUACACGUACAAAGUGAAGAUAUGGGCACACUGCAUGUCCUACAGCAACUCGUGCAUUAAUCCCAUAGUCUACGCCUUUAUGGGUGCCAACUUCCGCAAGGCAUUCAAGAAGACUUGUCACUGCUGUUUCAAACAGCGUGUAACUGUGACCCAGCAGCCAAAUGUAAACGGGAACACUGAGAUGCACUACGUGUCAUAGAGUAGAGUAUCUGUGUGUGUGUGUGUGUGUGUAUGUGUGUGUAUGUGUUUGUGUGUAUACUGUAUGUGUGUGUGUUUGUGUGUGUUUAUGUGUUUGUGUGUGUGUGUGUGUGUAUGUCUAUGUGU